AUGUCGUGGAGGGAAAUGCGUAAUUUUUCUGAAAUGAUGAGAGCACUGGGAUACCCUCGAAUUAUUUCGAUCGAAAAUUUUCGAACUCCAAAUUUCCCGCUUCUUUCCGAGAUACUGAAGUGGCUUGCUAUGCGUUUCGAUCCAAAUGUUGACGUUCCUAAGUGUUUGGACACAGAACAGGAUCGAGUUAUUUUCAUCAAAUUGAUUGUACAAUUUAUGGCAACAAAGGCGUUUAUUAAGCUGAAUGCAAAGCGACUUUAUAAAGCUGAUGGUUAUGCUGUGAAAGAGAUAUUGAAAAUAGUGAAUCUAUUAUACGCAGCACUGAACAUUGAAGCUAAGCCGGAUGAUGAGGAAUCAGUAGAAUUUAACCUUGCAGAAAUUGUGAACGUUGAAAGGCUCAAACAGCUUCAGCAAACCCGUGCUCUGGCCAGCCAGCUGAUAACUGCAGGAGCAGCUUUGCAUUCAUUUAUGUCUCGCGAGGUUGACCUUCGCCAAACAAGAAAUGAUGCCAUUUGUAGGCAAUUAGACAUCGAGUGGGUUGAGAAGUGCAUCGCCAGUGCGCGUGAUUCAAUUCAAGAAGAAAUUGCCAGAACUGAGUCUGCUUUAAUUAACAUUACAGCAGAUGAAGGGACCUUAGAUGGCAAAAUUGAGAAGAGGAGAAAUGAACUAGAAAGAAAUCAGAAACGCCUAUCGACUUUGCAGUCUGUCCGUCCGGCCUAUAUGGAAGAAUACGAACAGCUAGAAGAGGAGCUAAAUAUUUAUUAUGAAACUUAUCUAACACUCUUUCGUAAUCUAUCUUACCUCGAAAACCUAAAGGAGGAAAUAAUGCAAUCGGACGACACGCCGUUCCAGGAAAACGAUGCACCAAUUAAAUUUUCUCUUGAUGAGAUUCAAAAAACAAAGUCCGUAAGUCUAUUUAACGAAUAUUUCUAUAUUACUGAAACAGAGAGCCACUUUCAGGUAGCUGGCGCAAUUGCCAGUGAAAAAUCCCAUCUCCAAAAAUCCCUGGCUCUAACGGGGGUCUCUCAGGUCACCAAUAAGGUUCGUGACUUCAGCAACACCAAUGCAGACACAGGCUUUGAGCUCUGCGAUAACACCGAGGAUUCAGGAUCCGAUAACGCCAGCGAAGACUCCUCCGACUUAGUAACUAAUGACAGCAGUAGUGAGGGGAACAACGAUUGUGACGAUGACGACGUCAUCAAGGGCCUUAGCAUCAUUGGAACCGGCUACCAAAUGUCGGGCAAUUGGUCUCCUGGUCAUUCACUAGCAAAUCAAAGUAAUGACGCGCGACCAAAUAAUAUGAACGCAAAUUCAUUCGGAAUGCCGGUAGAUAUCCACUCUCCGGAGUCGAAGGGAAAUGGAGAAGUAGGGGACUUCCGCACGGAAAACGUAGAUCGAGAAUUAUCUGAGACAACCGGAAAAGCAAAUGGCAAUGUUGGAGGUUUUGGAGGCGUGUUUAGAGGCACCAUCUCAUCGACUCGCGUCCCCGAAAUCCCUGAGGAGGAUGAAGAUGACGCUGAUGAUUUUUAG